CUACGAUAUUCUUCUUUCACUUCCCGGGUUUUUGCUCCGCCGCUGACCGGAGAACUGACGCUCUGCGGUCGAGGUUUCAGCCAUGGCUACGCUGGAUUCGGAUGUGCCUAUGGUUCCUGCUGGUGAGGCUUCGAGUAGUGCUGGUCCUUCAUCCUCCAAGAAACCUAAGCGAUUUGAGAUCAAGAAGUGGAAUGCUGUCGCUCUUUGGGCUUGGGAUAUUGUUGUUGAUAAUUGUGCUAUUUGUAGGAAUCACAUAAUGGAUCUCUGCAUUGAAUGUCAAGCGAAUCAGGCGAGUGCCACUAGUGAGGAAUGUACUGUCGCUUGGGGGGUAUGCAACCAUGCUUUUCACUUCCACUGCAUUAGUCGUUGGUUGAAGACUCGCCAAGUUUGUCCAUUGGAUAACAGCGAAUGGGAGUUCCAGAAGUAUGGACAUUAGGACCUUUGUACGGUGGCAACGUCGGAGGUCAGACAAAUUCUACUUGAAAUGUUUGUUGGUUGAAUAUUUGAACCUCUAAUGUCCAUUCCCAAUAUCCUGUUAUGAUUUGCUAUAUGUAUCUUUGUACCUUUUUAAAUUUGGAAGUAGUUUAACAUAAUCUUAGUUGCUUCACUCCAAGUAUUGAGCUAAACGUUUACUUUCCUUCUGUGAACUUCCCUGCUGUUCCCUUUGUGCAUGUUUUGGGUUGAAUCAGAGUGCCAAAUCUCUUUGUUAUUUUCACAGUGAUGUUGCUAAAUA